AUGCCUUCUCCGCUUCCAAGCUCGUCCUUACACUGGCUCUGUGUGGAUUCCAAGGGUCGCACGCCGUUGAUUCUCGCCAGCAGCCGGGCAGAGGGCUUUGAGGCUGCAAAACUUCUGUUGCAGUUGGGUGCUCUCGUUCGCGCCUACUCCAAAGGACCAGGAGGGGGCACGGCCAUUCACUAUGCCGCUCGCAAGCAGCUAGAUGCCACAGUGAAGCUGCUGCUGGACCAUGGAGCGGACGCCCUUUUCCCGAACGACGAGGGCAAAACUGCUUUGGACCUGGCCAGGGAGAGGAACGCCACUGCUGUUGUGCGACUCAUAGAGAGCCGGGUGGCCUUGUUCGAGGGCUAUGUGCGCCAGCAGACCCUCUCAGCACCAUCGCUAGUGAAAGCCUUCAUCCCGCAAUGGGUGUACCGGAGGAUCUGGGUGGCAGUGCUUCCUGGGCCCACCAUGAGUGACGGACGCCAGACAUUCCGCCUCGCGCUCUAUCCAUCCAUGGCUUUUGGCGCGCCUUACUUCGACAUAGCCCUGCACGUUUGCCGCAUCCACAUGACCAAGCUGGACUCCGCCAACCCUGUACUCGUUAUAGAGGACCCCGUUCAUGCGGAGAAGGGCAAGUGGAAGUUCGUGAGUGACAAGGACUCGCCCGACCCCUUUCAGAUAUUCCGCCUGCACGACGCCUGCCGCGGAACGCCACGGAUAUUCCCUCUCACUCUUCACUCCUCUCUCACGCUUCCCUUCUUCUCACUCUCCCCUCCUGAUCUCACGCUUUCCUCAUCUGUGAUGCUUCCCGCACGAUGCCUGUCGGGGAGUGCCACAGUUGUCUCUUCUCUCCCCUCUCAGACAGGAAAGGAGCACUCGUGCAUUCGUGCACAGGAUUAG